AUGGUGGUCAUUGGCACCUCUCAUCUCCGGGCUGUGGCAUUGCUGCCGCUGCUUCUGGCUUUGCCCCUCAUGACACGAGCCUGCCCCAGGUCCUGCAGCUGCUCUGCCCCUCGAGAGGUGCUCUGCACCUUCAGCCACCUCACCUCCGUUCCGCCUAGCAUACCCAGGGACACCAAACAUCUCAACCUAGGCUUCAACCAUAUACAGACACUGAAUGGCUCAGAGUUCACAGGACUCAGGAGUCUGGGAAUGUUAAUGCUUCAUGGAAACGACAUCCAGUCACUGCCCCUACGAGCCUUUUACAACCUGCGCUCCCUGUGGAUUUUGAAGUUAAGUCACAACAAGCUGAGAAACAUCACCCGUGGUAUCUUUGAAGGCCUGUCAAGCUUGGUGCGCCUCCACUUGGAUCACAACAGCAUUGAGUUCAUCGAACCAUUUUCAUUCAGCGGGCUGACAUCCCUCGCACUGUUAAACCUAGAAGGCAACCAGCUGAGAGACCUGCACGCCCGCACCUUUGUCACCCUGUCCUUUCUGGGGAGUUUCUGGGGUUCUAGCCUUCGCUACCUCUACCUGUCAGACAAUCAGUUGGGGUAUCUGCUCCCAGGUACCUUACAGAAUCUGAAUAAGCUGGAAGCACUGACUGUUCAUGGCAACCCCUGGGCAUGUGAUUGCAAUCUACAAUGGCUUUUACUGUGGAAUACCAAGAAUAAGGGGGUGAUUAAAUGCAGAAAGGAAGGAGAGAUUGGCACAAGUGUGAACUGUGCCAUGUGUUCCUCACCUCAGUCCCUAAAUAACAAUCAGGUCUUCCAGCUGGCAACUUCUGAGCUCUCCUGCGACAGACCGACUUUAAACUCUCCACUGAAGCUAAGAGAGAGCAACGUCUGGCUGGACACUGACUCUGACAUCCCAUACAUCAAAGACCUGGAGCCUCCAUUGGGUCAUCUCACCUUAAUGCUGUCUGACAGCCACAGUAACAUGGCAUAUGUCGACUGUGUUGUGAAGCAUCAGGCCGAGGGAUCUACCAUGAGCUGGCAAAAUCUGAAGUCUCCAAGUCAGGUGGCACUCAAUGUGACAUUGAUGAGCUUUCUGGAGUGCGAGAUUAACAGAGAUGAUCUUCAGCAACUGUGGAGACUGGUUGCCUAUUAUUAUGAGAGACCAGCCAUCCUCAAGCAGGGCCUUAGGCAAGAAAAUGCUUCAAGAACCACUUUUCAGUAUUCUCAGGUAGCCAGUGAGGACUCUCCAUACUUUACAGAUCUCAAAGGAUAUUUAUCAGCUGAGCCAACAUGGCUGUUACAGCCUCUUGUAACACUUCAAUUGAACAGGCGUAAAACUACAAGUAAAACUCUCGUCCUGAACUUCUCUACGUUUAUUUCAAAGCAAAUAAGCAUAUGGGAUAGGCAAAGGGUCACCAAAUACAACUGGGCUUUUGUCCAUAGAGGGGCACCAGGGAAGGUACAUACUGUUCUGGAAGGUUCUGAUGUCAGUCUGGAUUGUAAAGUGUCAAGUUUUGGACAAGCAUCUGUUGAAUGGAUGCUCCCUGAUUUAUCCACUUUGACCACAGCUCAUGCUAGAAUUGUGAUUUCUGAAGAAGACAAACUGGUUAUACACAAAGUGAGCCCAUCUGACUCUGGGCUGUAUCACUGCCUGGUGCGUUCUGAGGCUGAUGUGGAUAUAGUGUCCUUUAGGGUAUUUGUAAGAGAGAGGGUGCUUAGCCCUGAUCACAUAAAUGGCAAGGAAAUAUCAUUGGAUAGUGGGGAAUCGGUCACUCUCCCCUGUUCCAUGUCUUCAGUUGAGCCCAGUGACAUGGCUUGGUACCUACCAACAAAUACAAUCUUGUGGCCAUCAUCUCCAGAAGGUAGAAUCAAAAUGUUAUCUAAUGGGAGCUUAGUUAUUAUAAAUGCCACAUAUAAGGAUGAUGGGAUAUAUAGCUGUUUGGCUGUCAAUCUCUAUGGGGUGGAUAUGCUGUCUCAUAGGGUAGUGAUCAGGGGUAAGAUAAAUCCUGAACAACUGAGUGCUGGUGGAACAAGCAGGAAACCAAAGAAAGGUGGCACUUCUGAAACAGGCAAGAGGAUUGUGGAUGAGGGGUCAGGAUGUCCAGAAACAGAAUGCUCUCACGUUUUGGAUGGGCAUGAUAGCUCUUGGCUGAGAGCAAACAAAUCAAAUGAAGACUCCUUAAAAUCUGUACUGGAGAGCUCCGUAUCUUCUGAAGUCAAAGCAGGUCACCCCUGGGUCUUGCAACGGCACAUCCAGGGGAAGGUUACCGUCCCACCAACUGACUGGCCCCAUCCCAAACAUGUCCCCAGAUGGUCUUCCUUUGAAAGUUCACAGGAGCACACUUCCUUCCCAAAGAGAUACUGGAAUAACCUUUCUCCAGAAGGUCAAGAUGCCGGGGUCACUGUCCCCCAAGGAAUCACAGUUCUCCCAAGCAAUAUAUUUCUCCUCUCUGCAAGAUCAGUAUCCCCCAAAGGAAGAACACCAACACCUCCAACCUUUCAGCCUCCUAAUACUGGAGCACUCAGCAAGAUUAAAGACUUUGCAUGGUUUUCCAGGCUCAGAAACAGAUACAGACAACAUAAACUUGAUGUCUACCGUCUUUCACAAGCGAGGAAGAUUAUAACAACUGAACCAAAUAUGAAGUUCCUUAACCCACAGCCCCAGCCAGCCCCUACCGCACUGUACAACAGCGCUGUGACCCAGGCAUAUUCUCUGUUAGCUACAAAUCAGACACACUCUGCAAUCCAGUAUGAUAGCCAAAGGCACUACAGCCAUCAGGGACAACAGAAAUUAAAUAACAUUCCACCCUCUCCAAGGUUAAUGGAGAGUGGAAUGAAGCCAAAGAUUUCUUCACUUAACACUGACAGUCUGUCAGCCUUCAUAGAGACAGAUGUGUCUCUGCCCUGUGAGUGGUCGGGAGUGCCAAGGCCCACCCUCUCCUGGACUAGAGUCCAAACAGGUGCAUCGAUUGAAGCAAGCACAAAGAAUGGGGAACGAUUCAAAGUUCUGAGUAAUGGCACUUUAGUCAUAAAAAAUGUUCAGCUGCAGGACAAAGGGCAGUACAUUUGCACAGCAAAGAAUGCUUUCGGGUCAGAUCAACAGGUCAUCACCCUUUUGGUGAUAACCCAGCCUCCCAAAAUUGUGCCACCAAAAUCAACAUAUAUGUUGGUGCAUUUAGGACAUCCUAUAAACUUGGAUUGUGUGGCAGAGGGCAAGCCACAAGCACAAAUCUCCUGGAUCCUUCCGAAUGGGAAAACCAUAUGGGGCAGAGGCCUUCUGGAUGACACAGUCUCAGUUCUGACCAAUGGCACGCUAAGGAUUGAAGCAGCUAACUUAUCAAGUAAAGGCCAGUAUAAAUGCAUUGCCAGCAGCACGGCUGGUGCAGACACGCUAACCUAUCACAUCCAUGCAGUAGCUUCAUCACCUACUAUCAAUGAAGAAGCCACUGAAGAUAUUGUAUUGCGCACCGGGACCAAUGCGUACAUCCACUGCACAGCAAAAGGGGAACCUAAGCCCACGAUUGAGUGGAUCAUCCCUGAUGAGGAGAAAAGCAAAGCUUUCCCAUUCAUCAGGGGUAGGGUCUCUGUCUUUUCCAAUGGGACACUUCUUGUGAGAAACAUUUCACUGACAGACUCGGGAACAUAUCAAUGUUCUGCCACCAACCAAGCAGGUGUAACCAAGAGAGUGGUAAAACUGGAAGUAAAACAGGAUAAGGCCAGCACCGAAGAACCUCUGCCUCAGCAACAGGGAAUUACUGCAAUUUAUGGCUCCACCUUGUAUCUGCACUGCUCAGGGUUCACUACUUCACAACAUGGUGCUGUCUGGAGGCUGCCCUCGGGAAUGUUCCUGGAUUAUAGCAACAGCUCUGGGGGACCUAUCACUGCUUUUCCCAACAGCACUCUCAAAAUCCAGCAGCUCACAGAAAAGGAUGCAGGCAGCUACCUCUGUCUGUUCCGAACAUCUCGUGACCAGGACUUCAAGCUCUUUCAAGUGGAGGUCCUUAUGAUGCCACCAAAGAUCAAACGCUUGGCCGCUGUCCACAAGAGGGUUGCGUAUGGAGACAGUUUCCAAAUUGACUGUUUAGCCUCUGGGUUUCCAGCUCCAGAGGUGUCCUGGAGCCUUCCGGAAGGCACUGUUGUUGACAGUACUCUCCAACAUGAAGACAAGUGGGUCAUGUCUCCUCGUUUUAUGGUCUUUGGGAAUGGCACCCUCCUUCUGAUGCAGAUAGGUAAAGGGGAUGAAGGUGACUACACAUGCAAGGCUAGAAAUCGAUUUGGGCAAGAUGUGAUGAAGGUCAGGAUCCACCUGCUGCCUGACUCUCCAAGGAUUUUGUCAAAGGAUGAGGUUUCCAUCUGGGGCGUGCUUGGAGAGCCUGUACACAUAAGGUGUCAAGCUAUUGGGGAACCCACCCCUACAAUUACAUGGUUUUCACCAAGUAAUGCCACCAUUACCACAUCGUCGAUCAGGUACCAAAUCUUGGGAGAUGGCACACUGAUUAUCAGAAAAGUGGGCUUAGCUGACCGGGGCAACUACGCUUGUGUGGCCAAAAGCUUAUCAGGAUACGAUGUAAAGAAAGUGCAUCUGGAAGUGAAGGGAGGAGCACCUCGGAUAAACAGACAAGUAGGAAGGGCUGCUGUGAAGGUUUCAGCUGUGUUUAAUCAAACUUUGCUGCUUGAUUGCAAAGCAGAGGGCCUGCCAGAGCCGAGGGUCACCUGGACCACUUCCUACGGCAUCAACCUGCCCACGCCUUACCUGGGUGGCAGGUUCCAGGUCUACGGAAACGGGAGUCUAGAGCUGCAUACCCUGAGAAAAACAGAUGAAGGUUUGUAUGUUUGCCUGGCGCAGAACAGCUUGGGUGCAGCCAGGCUGGAGGUCGAUCUCCAAGUGAAAUCUCUCACGGAAAAGCCGAGUUUCUCAAAGGCAAACACUGAGGUCAUGUCCUUUAAGCCAGGUAGUGCCGAGGUCACUCUAGGGUGCUAUGCCAGCGGAAAGCCAACCCCAGAGAUUGUGUGGGUGCUACCCAAUAGCACAAUGUUGACAGCCGGUGCCAGGCUUCAGCGCUUCCAUCACAUUCCAGGCGGUGGGUUGUUGCGUAUACUGCAGCCUGGGAAUGGUGACAUGGGUGUUUACCGUUGCUUGGCAAAUAACACAGCAGGGCGAGCCGAAAAGCGGUUUGCUCUUGAACCGGGAUGGAAGCCUCAGAUCCAGGGUAAGCCUAUGGCUGUGAGGCUUUCUUUUGGGCAGAAUUUGAACCUGCCUUGUUCAGUUGAUGCCUGGCCACAGGCUGCCAUUUCCUGGACUCUCCCCAACAGCCGUGUCCUGAGGAUACCUCAGGCCAUUGGACGGUUAGCCUACUUAAGAAAUGGCACACUGGAGCUCAGUGAAGCUGCCAUUGUUGACAGAGGGACCUACACCUGCAAAGCCACGAAUGCAUUUGGCUCAUCUGCACUGUCACACACAGUUACAGUAACAGUGCAUCCUCCACGUAUCACCAAUGCCUUUCCAUCAGUCAUUGUGGUGAACAGGGGCGCCACUGCAAGGCUCAGUUGCAGAGCUGUUGGAAUACCUAAACCUGACAUCUCAUGGACUCUACCAGGAAGCACCAGUCUCACCCCCACCGGCCCUGUCACGACACAAAAUGGAAUGCAUGUCACUGCAGAUGGCAGCCUAGUCAUACAAAACCCAAUGCUAACUAAUUCAGGGAUUUAUAAAUGCAAUGCAAGAAGUGCUGUGGGAAUGGACUUCAAAGCCACAUACCUUCAAGUACUAUGAGAAACAGCACAUAUAUAGUACCAUAAAAUACAGUAUAUAUAGUGCCAUAAAUG